AUGUCAUAGGAGUUUAAUUAUAAAUUGGAAGAUAUGCGUUAAUAAUUAUUAUAAGAAUCCUUAAAAUAAUAGAACAUAAAAUUAGCAGCCUUUGAAUUGUAAAUUUUGGAGUAAAAAAAAAAAUAAUAAUUGAGAGAUGUUGAAGUUUAGGUUAUCAUAUCUGAUAAUUAAUUAAAUCAAUAGGAGCAGCUAUAAAACUUUAUAAUAGAAUAAAUUGAUAUGAAACUUACAAAUGGUAUAUUUAUAGGGUAAAAAGGGCAUGGAAGAAAUACUAUAAUUUAAAAUAUGAAAGGAGGAUUUAAUUUAACUUAGGUUGGUUAAACUGAUAAUUAGUAAUCUUUUGUUUAAAGUGAAGAAUUGAAUGAAGAAUUAAAUAAACAAUUAGAAAAUAUGAAGAUAAAUAUUAAAUAGAUGUUAUUAGAGAUAAAAGAAGAUAUGGAACAAUAAUUAAAAGUAUAUGAAGCAAAUGUUUCUAUUGCUAUGUAGAAUUUUGAUAAACAUCAUUAUCAUGUAUUAAAAUUGAAAUCAGAUAUAUUUAAUGAUACAGAAUAUUUGAACAAUCAAAUAAAAAUCUUAUUUAGAGAGAAGGAUAUAAUAAAUAAAAAAUUAUAAUUGGUUUUAUAAUUAUUUUCAGGAAGUACUGAAGUUACCUAAAUUACUGUUGCUUAUCUACUAAAAUAAUUGAAAGAUCCAAUUAAAUUUACAUCAGUUUAAGGAAUAGUUUUUGAAUUAAGAAAUGAAAUAUGCAAUUACAGAUAAACAAAUUAUUCUAUAGAAGACUUAAUGAAAAAAUCAUUAUAGAGUUUUAUAGAUAGUUGGGAUAAAAGUGAAUUGUUAGAAGUAAAAGAAUAUAAUCCACAUUGGUAUUUCAAUAAAUACAUUUAUAAAAAUUUAGUAGGUCAAAGUAAAACUGUAGAAAGAUCAUUAGAAAAAACAAUAAAAUACUCUACUUAAACACAAGCAGAUAGUGAAGUAUAUAUUAAUAGAUCUGGAAGAUAAAGAAAUCUAUCUUAAAGAUAAUCCAUAAUGAUGAGUCUGGAUUCAACAAGACAAAGAAGAGUUGCUGCAAAUUCUGUGUUAAAAUAAUCAGAGCGUAAUGAUUCUAACGAACAUUUACCAAAAGUGAAAAAGUGA